ACUAUAAAAUCGUGUUCUUGUGUGAGUUAUAUAUAAGAUAAGUUGGCGACCAAAAUUUACGAUCUGGCGACCGAAAUUUUUCCGUUACUCGCCAGCUGGGUCCCGAACGAACAAGUUAAUUUCGAGCCCUGUUACUGUAGUUGGGUUAUUCAGUCAAGUCUUCUUUCAAGUCUGAAAUCUUCACAUCAAACCCACGUAUUCCAACUUUCUGGUGGGGCAAAUUUUAAUUGAGGGUAAUUUCUUUCUUAACGCCCACUAAAAGUUCAGGAAGUGGCUGGUGUGGCAUUGUGAGGAAUUCACUAGGAAAACAACACAACCAAAUUUCCUUUUACGUAGUUCCCUUGACGUAUUUCGUCAACAAUGUGCACAGUUCUUGACAGGUUUACCAACAUCGACAAGAAGCACGUACAUGCAAGACACCAGUUUUAAAUCUUAAAGUGCUUUAAGCAGGCGGUCUUAACGUUUAAGAACGCUGAAAGAAGUGAGUGUUCCUGGGUAUGAAACAACCUCGUUCCCAAGGUCUCGGGAAGAUGAGAGACCCUGGGAACGAGGUUGGGGAUGAAACUGUUGCCCGGCAGAAGAUCACGUGAUCAAUUACGUUAUUACUGUUUACGACAGGUGCGAGAUAACAAAAAUAUCCACCUGCAGAAAUAAAUUCAAAGCAGUCUGAAAAACAUUAAUUACAGAGACAAAAUACAUCCUUUGUCUCUUGUCGAACUUAGUGGCCAUUUUAAUGGAAAGGAAACAGAAACCUUUUGGUUGCGGAUUAAUAAAGCCAGUCAGAGGAAAUUCUCCAAAUGCGUCCAUUUUUUAAACGUUUUUUUAAGUCUAUUUUAGAGCCAAGCAAAAAAAGGGAAUUUUUGUGUUUUCAUAUGACAGCUAUUACACUAUUUCCACUUUAAUCGUACCUUAGACAAAAGCAUUUGAACUUAUAUUGUAAACUAAUCGUUUGCUUACUCUUGAAUAUAAUUUUUUCCAAAAGCACCCCAUUUAGACGAAACCAGACUUCUAUUUCCUGUUUUCUGUCCUUACAUUUUUAUUCAAAUGACGCUUUUGAAUCACAAACGGACUAGAAUAUCCAUAAAGUCGCAUGCACAGUCGGUAAAGACAUUUACAGCACGACCUCAGAUCGUUCUCUAAUACAUUAGUUUUGAUUCGCGGAAUUUAACGCUCCGAAAUGUCGUUAAGUCUGUCAGUCACGAUCACCGAGACGACCAUCCUCAGUUUCAUUUGUUUAGUGGCUCUAAUCGGUAACUUGAGCUUAUACAUCAUCGUUUACAAGAACAAAGAUCUUCAAACCAUCGCCAACUUGUACAUUCUAAACCUGGCCGCGGCAGACAUCAUGGUGUCAGUUCUAAGCAUUCCAUUCACUGUAGUGACGGUCAUUACAGGACGCUGGCUGUUCGGUGAUACAGCUUGUGUGGCGCUCGGCUUUUUCACGAUUUUAUCCUUCAUUGCGUCUGUGAUGUCUCUUGGUAUGAUCGCUAUCAACCGAUAUUUUUACAUCGUCAAGUGGAACACUUACAAAAAGACUUUCUCGAAGAAGAAAAGUUUGCUCUACGCUGCUGCAGUGUGGGUCGUGUCGAUAUCUUUGGCUUCUCCUCCACUUUUCGGCUGGGCAGAAUACCGCUUCAUUCCUGGAAAAUCCUACUGUUUCGUUUACUGGCCUUCAGAUGUGUACUUCAUGUAUUUCAUGAUCUCAGUCUGCUUUUUCGGGCCCCUUUCCGCGAUCGCUUUUUCAUAUUACAACAUUUUGACGUUCACAAAGAACUUGAAAAGGCGAAUUGCGGUUUCAAGGAAUAACCUCGCACCGCCGCCUCAACUCGAAGCGCCUUUAGCAGGAAAGGAAACCCAAAACAGCAACCAUCCAGAUAACAAACUAGACCGCGACAUGGCUGACUCGGAAAGACCACAGGUGAACCGACUGAGCCAUUGCAAACUGGAUUUGAAAUCGAAAUCCGAAGAGUUUCAACUAACACCGGAAGAAACUAAGAUGACAAACACAGUUCUUCUCGUAGUGGCGCUGUUUGUCAUUUGUUGGGCUCCAUUUGCUAUAACCAUGUUUUUCGAUGUGUAUCAUCCCAGGCCCUUACCUCGUGUCGUCGAUAUCGCAGCCUUGCUUCUCGGUUAUCUGAACAGUAUGUGCAAUCCUAUUCUGUAUGGAUUGCGUAAUUCAGCUUUCAAACAGGGAUUUCUGGAUCUGUAUUCGAGAUUUCUACCCGAACGGUACAGACCUAACAAGUAACACUUCUAGAAGCCUCUCGAUCCGUGCAAGCUGUGCGAGUGAAUUAUGAGAUAACCUCUUUGUAAAGUGCGUACUGUUGUUAUGUUUCUAUCGUUAAGCUUGUUUUGAAAAUGACUUUUGUUUUCAAUGUAGAAACCCCGGUAGAAACGUCUAAACUGCUCGAUCUGAGAUUACAUUCUUUUUUUGCCAUAAGAAUAUAUUUGCGAAAUUUUAAGAAUGUUUUAGGAACAAACCCGAGGCUGAGAUUUUGAAAAGAAUACAAUUCUGCGUGUUGAAAAUUUUAAAAACAUAUAUUUCUAACUAAUCCGUAUACAUACAAUUCUUCGUUUGUCUAA